GGAGCGGCCGUGGGGGCGCACGGCGGCGGGCCGUGCAGUGCAUUGCUCACGGUGCAUCGCCUGCGUCGCCCGCGGUGCGGUGCCGGGAGGCGCCGCCGCCGCCAUGUCGGCGGAGCUGCCUUGCUGCGUGGUCAGCGUCGGCGACGGCCCCGAGCCCUGCAGCUGCAGCGGGGUCAUCCUGUGCCGCGGCCCCGGGCUGGUGCUGUGCCACGCCGCCGUCUUCUCGCCCUUCCUGCAGCCCGGCCCGGAGGCCUGGUCCCGCCACGAGGCCCUGCCGGCCUCCGUCCUGCCGCCUGGCCUCCGCGUCCGCGUCCUGCACGCCGCUCCCAAGCUUGACACCCCGCCUGCCCUGCAGGAGCACGAGGCCCGGCCUCUCGCAUUAACACGCUGCGAGGCCUUCGCCCAGGCACUCACAGGGGUGGCGGCGAGCUGGUGCAGCGGCGGGGAGGCCGAGGGGGAGGCCGAGAGGGAGGCUGCCGCCGUCUUGCCCUGGUUCGCUUGGCUGCGGGUGCCCGGCCUCGACGCGCCGGGCGGAGGCUGGACGCCCUGGUCCUCCGCCGGCGACCUCCGCAAGGGCGCGGCGCUGCUGGCCUGCGGCUCGCCCUUCGGCGCCCUCUGCCCCGACCUCUUCCUCAACACCCUGAGCGGCGGCGUGCUGAGCAACGCGGCCGGCGAGGGCAACGCGCUGCUGCUGACGGACGCCCGCUGCCUGCCCGGCACCCAGGGCGGCGCCGUCCUCGUCGGCCCCGCGCCCUCCCGGCCCCGCGUGGUGGCCGUCAUCGCCGCCACCUCCUGCGGCGCCGGCGGGCCGGGGCUGGCGCUGCUCUGCUCGCUGCACGCCGUCCUGCAGAGCAGCCGCAGCCUCCUGCGGCAGCUCGGGGAGGCCCCCGCCCCGCCGGCCCCGCCGGCGGCGGUGCCCGGAGCCGCGCCGCUGGGCUGCGUGGCGCUGGUGGAGAGCGGCGGCGCCUGGGGCUCGGGCACGCUGCUGGCCCCGCGCCUGCUGCUCACCUGCCGGCACGUGCUGCAAGCCGGCGCCACGACGCGCGUCACCCUGCGGCCCCACGGCAGCCGGGCCACCGUCCUGCAGGCUCGCCUGGUGUUCGCCACGGCCGAGGCGUCCCCCUUCGACGUGGCCGUGCUGCAGCUGCAGGAGCGCGCCCCUGGCUUCCAGCCCCCCCGCCUGGCCUCUGCCUUCCAGCCCGGGGAGGCGGUGCUGGCGCUGGGUUUCGGGGCGCUGGGCCGGGCGUGCGGCCCCUCGGUGACCGGGGGGGUGCUGUCGGCCGUGGUGGGGGCCCCCCCGGUCAUGCUGCAGAGCACCUGCGCCGUGCACGCCGGCUCCAGCGGCGGCCCCCUCCUCGCCGCCAGCGACGGCCGCCUGCUGGGGAUCGUGGCCAGCAACGCGCGGGACAACGCGGCGGGGGCCACCUACCCCCACCUCAACUUCUGCGUCCCCGUCACGCUGCUGCAGCCCCCCCUCGCCCGAUACCUCCGCACCGGGGACCCCGCUGCCUUCGCCCCACUCGAUGCAGGGGACGAGGGGGCACGGGCAGCCUGGAGGCUGCAGCAGCGGCCCCCCAGCAAGCUGUGACCCUCCCCCACCCCCCAAAAAACUGGGGGGCUGUUUCUAUAAAGACUGCGACUCAA